AUGCCACAGACAAUCGCUCCAAUCCCCCGCCUAAUCUACGGCACAGCCUGGAAAAAAUCCCAAACCGCACCCCUCGUCGCCUCCGCCCUCGCCGCCGGCUUCCGCGCCCUCGACACCGCCGCAUCCCACCACUACUCGGAAGAAGGCGUCGGCGUCGGUCUCCGCAACUUUCUCUCCCAAGCCCCGAAACCAGCUGCCCACGGAAUCACCCGCGCGGGCCUCUACAUCCAGACCAAAUUCUCCCCCUCGCCAUCAGACCUGCCCAUCCCAGAACAAGUCCACAAGUCCAUCGCCUCAUCCCUCAAGAACCUCGCCGAAAGUGGCGAAGAAGACUUCUACCUAGACUGCGUCCUCCUCCACGCCCCCUACCCCUCCUACACCGACACCCUCCUCGCCUGGCGCGCCCUAGAAACCCACGUCCCCUCCCGCAUCCGCACCCUCGGCAUCUCCAACGUCGACUUACCAGACCUUCAGCGCCUCUGCGACGAGGACGCCCGCGUGAAGCCCGUCGUCGUGCAGAACCGCUUGAACCCGGACGAAGGGUACAACACUGCCGUCCGCGUCUUCUGCCGCGAGAGGGGCAUCAAUUUCCAGUCAUUUUGGACGCUGACGGCGAAUCCGCGGCUGGUGAGGGGUCCGUUUGUCAGGCAGGUUGCCAAAGGGGCGGGUGUGAGCGAUGAGGUUGCGUUUUAUGGGUUGGUGCUGGGGUUGAGGGGGGUGAGUGUGCUGGAUGGGACUACGAAUGAGGUGAGGAUGAAGGAGGACCUCGAGGGUGUCGAACGGUUGAUGGCUUGGGCGGAGGGGGAUGGUGUUGAGGUGUGGCGGGAGAGUUUGGCGGCGUUGAAGGCUGUGCUUGGUGAUUCUUGA